AUGGCUUCCUCAUCCUCUGCUUCCUCCGGCAUCUCCAUUGAAUCCGAGACAACUCGAGAGAUGACCUCGGAGUUCGAUCCCACAGCUGCCUAUGAGGCCUACGCUCCUCUGCACUGGGAUGCAGAGGAGUGGGAUUUCCAGGCCUGGUUAGAGGAUGAUGAAUCCCUGACCGAUGACGAAGACUUCCAGUUCCUCUUUGACGGGGAACUAGAAGAUGAAGAUGACGACGACGACAUGUCCUGGGAAGGGAACUCCUCCUCGGAGGUGGAAGAAGUCGAUGAUGUGUCGACCGAGGAAGACUUGGCAGCAGGAGGCUUCCUACAUGGCGGGUCGGAGGAGGACGACGAAGUCGAUGAUGACGAAGAGACCGAUGGUGGCAGCAGCUACAGCGGUGAUGGCGAUAGAGACGACGACAGCAACGAUGACGGCAGCGACGAUGACGGCGACAUUGGCGCGGCCCCUUUGAUCAAGCGCUGCAAGCAACAGGAUGAUCCAGAGCCUAAGAACGAUGAUGGCUCCACUUUCAAGUUCUUACCAGUUGCUCCUGUAGUCCUCUUCGGCAAGAACGCGCCUCCCCUCUCGAAGGACGAUAUUGUGGAUGUUUCCAGCGGGCAAGAGCAAGCGCGCCAAGAGAACCUGAUCCUGGAAACUCCAGAGAAUCUUGUGAUGACAAUUGACACUUUGGUCAAUCUCCAGGAUCUUCAUGAGCUGAUUGUCUCCUCAUCGGCUAUCAAUCCUUCCCAGGAAAAGGGUUUAAACCUCUCAGAGCUGCUCUCAUUUGACCCUGCAUCCGUAGGCUCGGCCAUACUUGAGGUUGAUGAUCAUCAACCGCAGCCGACUGGUGUCGAGAAGGAACUGGAAGACCUCAAGGAGAAGGUUCGAGCAACCGAGCGGCUCAUCCAGGAUGAGAAAAACCUCAUAGCCCGCUCUAAACAAGAAGCAAAGAACUUGACCGCCCAGCUGAAGUCAGAGCUUGCGGACUUGGGUACCCUGAGUCGGUAG